GCAUUAUAGUGGACUGCACAUAUACCUUCGCCUACAUCUACAGCCCUAACCGUAGACAACACACCUUCCUCACUAGAACCCUUACCAAACUUCAGAAGUUCCAAGAGGGCCUGUUGAUCCUGGCUGGUAAUCUCGACAUCGCCCUAGAUCCCCAGACAGACGCGUCCAGAGGGACAAGCACUCUGUCACAACACUGUAUAUGCUCCGCACAGGCAGCCUUGCACGGAUGGGGUUUAGUGGAUUGCUGGAGGGUGGCACACCCAGAGGAUAGAGAUUUUACAUAUUACUCACUGGUCCACAAACAGUAUAGCCACAUAGACUAUGUCUUUGUAGCGCAGGAAUACCUCCCUCUGGUACUGAACAGCGACAUAGGGAUUUUCGGUACUUCCGACCACGCCCCAGUCUCGGCGCAGUUUAAAUCGCCCUUGUACAAACCCUCUGACCGCCAGUGGAAAUUCAACGAAAACCUCCUCACGAACCCUGAUGACACUGCACAGACUAAACAGGUGCUGACGCAGUAUUUUGAUGAUAACGCUAGGCCCGAGGUACCCCCCCGGACGAUCUGGGAAGCGUGUAAGUUCGUAAUCAGAGGGCACUACAUUAACAUCUGCUCCCAGAGAAAGAAAGAACAUACUAACCACAUCUCUGAAAAAGAAUUAAGAACAAUCUUUUCACACAGACUGAAAACACUGGCAAUGCCUUUCAUUCCCCCAACAUUCCGCACAAACCUAUCAGACAGUGAAUUUGUGUUUAACAUUCCACAGAUGCCUCAUGACUGA